GCAAAAUCUCUUCGCAGCAAAACACCAAAAGAUCUCUAGGAUGCAUCAGGAUCUGGACGCGUCAAGAUGUGAGGUUCUUUCUACUGUUCCCAAUCAGGAUGCCCUACACUCCUCCGUGUUGUCCAUGAACCCCGACUGCACACUACAGAUGGCUCGAUAGUUGUCCUCAUCAUCUGACAACAAUACCAGCCUGCUGGAACAGUACGGUAAGCAUGCUGUGACACGUUCUCUGACCCGAGACCAUCGUAUCCUCCUUCCUCCAACACGAACCCUCCCAGCGCGUGUGACCUCCUUUGCGCGAGAUGAUAGAGCCCGAAUUGCCAAAUUGGGCGUUGGGCGGGAUGGCACCGGGAAGCUCGGGGAGUUCUCACACAGCGAAGAUAAAUGUCUCAUUUCAACUCACCGACACCAAGACUUGACCUCAACAUACGAGCUACUUCUUGUCGAGAAUGGCAGCAAGUUCCAAGAACGGCAGAAGUGUCCGAAGACUGCAAGUUUCCAUCGAGCAUUUGUACAGGGGUUACUCGGGCUCCAGCCUCCAAAGCCCGAUCUCAGCUUUGCGUACUCGGCGAUCCCUAGGCAGUCGGCCAUUCAGUAAUCUGGUGGCCAAGGAGGCGAGUUCGAGGUCCCAGCGACAUCCUGCCCACUUGCUCAAAGUGAACACACCACACAGACGUCCAGCGAGUACCGUUCGGCAUAUCACUAUGGAGCCAAAGGUACAUACUUUGUUUGAACCCGUCACAGGCACGUGGCAGUAUGUGGUUGCCGAUGAGACGACAAAGGAGGCCGUGAUCAUCGACCCAGUACUCGACUAUGACAAAGCAACUGGUAAAAUCGCCACGCAGUCGGCCGAUAAGAUCUUGGAUCUGGUUGCACAAUGUGGCUACACAGUUUCACGAAUCCUCGAGACACAUGCCCACGCUGACCAUCUGACUGCUUCGCGUUAUCUACAGAAUGUGCUUGCAGAACGACAGCCUGAUUCUGCUCGGCCACAGGUCUGCAUUGGAGAACGGAUUCGGAUGGUUCAAGAGACAAUAUCCAAGAUGUACAACAUCCCCAAGUCGGACCUUGAAGCCGCAUUCGAUUGCACAUUCGCAGACGAUGAUACCUUCCCUAUCGGUACCAUCGAAGCCAAGGUCAUCCAUCUACCUGGACAUACCCCUGACCAUAUAGGAUACAUCAUCGGCUCCAAUGUUUUUACGGGAGAUUCCAUCUUCAACCCUGAUGUCGGGUCUGCUCGGUGCGACUUCCCCGGCGGGUCAGCUAUGCAACUCUACCACUCAAUGCAGAAGCUCCUUUCAUUUCCAGAACACUACAGGCUCUACACUGGCCACGAUUACCCGCCUGAUAGCCGGGAUCUUCCUGCCGAUCAGUAUGUGGAUGGGAAGAAAGCAGUGCCAUUCACGACGGUCGAAACGCAACGGCGCGAAAACAAGCACGUCAGAAUGGGAACUGAUAUGAAGGAUUUUGUUCAGUGGAGAUCGGAGAGGGACAGCAGCCUUAGUGAACCCAUGUUACUUGCGCCCUCCCUACAAGUCAAUGUCCGCGGCGGCAGGUUACCAGCGAAAGACUCGGAGCUGAUGAAGAUUGUCGAUGUUCCAGCAGGUGUGGCCAGAGUGGUGAAGGUUUGAAUGCUUACAAAUGUCUUCUUGGACCGGCUGUGAAGGCCCGAUUUGGCUGAGGGGAAAUGUCUAUCCAAUUCUUAUGCUACUGCUACUAGCACCUAAUGUGUACUCCCUGAAGUGUGUUGUGACCUG